AUGGUCAAGAAAACGACCAAAAAGGCACAAGUCGUGCGGCCACGGCUGUCCCGACCUGUCGCCGUUUCGCCGGUCGCCACGCCGGUGUUUUCGAGUUUUACGACGCCAUCUAGCUCGGCCCUACCGUCUGCUUAUGUAUCUGAAGACGAGGAUGAUGUGGUACCGGCCAAGUUCGACAUCAGCACCAUCCCGAUUCACAAACUGAGCAUUGGGGCGACUGUGCCUGAGACGAAUGGUGCAGAUGGCUCAGCCGCUGCCGCUGCGCCUCCUGGAUCCGGCGAGACUCCUGCGGAGGGCGACAGUAAGGGCAAAGAGCCCGAAUACCCUAUUCAGCCCUUCCGCCUUCUCGACUUGCCGUCGGAGCUGCGCGUCAAGAUCUACGGCUUCCACUUCGAGGGUGUCGACGCCGUGGUUGAUCUGACGCCCGAUAACUACAAGAAGGUGCACCGCAAGCUCAUGUUGCUGCGUACCUGCCGUACCAUCUACCGCGAGGCGUCAUACUACUACUACAGCAUGCAUACCUUCCGCAUCUUUCCGACUUACCCGGGCCGCUUUUUCAAGACGCGCCGGCCGCUGCUGGCACGUCUCAAGAAGGAGCAGCGCAAUGCCAUGACGAGCCUUGAGCUGCGCCUGGGCCCCGGGUUCAACAAGCCGCCGAAGUGCUGGGUGGUCAACCGCAAGCUGGGGCUCAAGGACUGCGUCAACGUGCGCAAGCUCAAUGUGUUUGUGCAGCUGGAUCCGAGCGUCAGCUGGCUGGACGGCUUUCGCAAGGCCGGUUUCUACGAGGCGUUCUCCCGCGACCUGCUGCACGACAUUUUGCAAGAAGCGCCGAGCGUCGAGGUGGUUGAGUUUGACGCGUAUGAGAGCGUGCGCAAGAACUGUCCGAUCAUGGAGGCAUUGCAGGAGACGGUGCGGGAGCACGGCAAGCGCAUUAUGUGGGGACCGCGAAACGGAUGGACGGCCACGUCGGAUAAUGCGGGCAACAUGAAGCUCAAUAGUGGUGGCGGUGCCGGCCGACUGAUUAUCAAUGUCAACAGCAACGGCGGUAGCAGCCCAGCCAUUUUCAAUUACGAUAACCCUUACGACACUCCCAUCAUUUCCAUGGCGUGA